UACACUUGUGACUUGUCGUUCCCCUACACAACCUGUAAUCAGAUUUUCCAAUCUUCGUACGCAUAGUUGAAAUCCUUGUGGAGUCGACAUUAAAUUGAACAUUUGACAUGAAAACCAUUCCACCACUAUGAGUUCGGGUUACUUAUAAACACAACAUAUAGCAUUAGUCCCAUUUAAUAAUGAUAAACAUUUCGAAACACCGCGACCAAGUAUGGAGCAUCUGUUUAGGCCAGAAAACCACACGUAAUCUAUACCCCAGAUGAAUUUUAACUAGUUAACUAGUAGAAGAAUCAUGAAAUGACAUACUAACUAAUCUUUUAUAAUUGAUAAACCUAUGUAUAACGCAACAUCCAAACUCUUACAACACCUUGUUUGUUCCCGUGCUUGUCUACAGCUUCUAAAUUGAGUCAGGACUCUUCAAUCAAGUUCAGAUUUCCCUAGCAACAGUUCUCACCACUUCAUUUAUAGCAACAACUUCAUCUUUCUUCUCAAACUACUCAUACAACUUGUACUAUCCUCUCUUCUCAAACUAGCCAGUGCUAAACAUCCCCCUUGCACAACCAUCAAACCAUUGCUAGCAGCUGCAAACAACUUAGGCAAAAGUGGUGCAGGAAUUUACUCGAACAAGUUGUAUGCCAUACUCAUCUUGUUGUAGCUUCAACCUUCUACAGCUUCCAAACUCACCCAGAUCCAUUCUCUUGAAUUAGCAUUACAGUUUCAUCUCGUUGUACUUCUGAAAUGUGUAGCCCCUUUGAAAAACAAACACCACAGUCAUUAAUUCAACAACACAAAACCCAUUCAAUGCGUCUAUAAAAUCAGUCACAGUAAUGACUUGUUUCCAGCUGAAGUUCAGCUCAAGAACAAGCUACAUCUCCUCCAAAUCGAACCAACAGAACCCACUAAAAUCACUACAACAAAUCCCUUUGUAAACACCUUCUAAAAUCAGUGCUAGGUUUGCGACAAAUUGGUCUCGGCAAUAAGAAGUAUCGACACCAGAACCUCAGUCUAACCCCCAUUAAAGCUUUUGUAUCUGUAUCUCUUCCAUUCGUUACUCAUCUAACAACAACAACAAACCAAUUUCAAUGGAAUUUCAGGCCAAGAAAGCCAGCAAUUCACUCCGUUCUUCCUUCUUCUUCUCGGCUUCAGGGAGAAGUCUUGAUCCAUGGUGAAUACCCAUCGAAUCCAUGGUCGGCAGCUAGGAAAAAAAUGCAACAACUCACGAUUGGAACUGGAGAAUAAGAGAAGAAGAAGAAAAACAAUUUGAGAAAUUAUGGGUGUCACGGAAAGUUUAACUCAGAAAAUGGGUGCGUUUCUGAACUUUUCUAGGCGUGGGUUUUUUAGUGUAAAAAAUCUGAAAAAUUGGUGUGGUAGUAGGUUUCACUUUAUUACCUCGACUCUUUCUCUCAACUGAUCUUACAGUCGAAGAAGGAAAACGAAGGUGAAGAAGACGACGACGACCAAAUUGACGAUCAUAAAACCCUAAUAACCUCAGAAAUGAAAACCUAGAAAUAGAAUGAGGUUCGCCUCUUCUUCGUCUUCGUUACAAUUUAUUAUCACUGCAGUUGCUACUACUGACAUUAAUUUUGUUUCAAUGUCUUCUGUUCGUGGCGGUUACCCUAGAGAAUUUUGCUCUCCGUCUGAAAAUCAAGAAUCAUUGCUUACUGAAGAUUCACAAUUGCGAACAGUUGAAGCUGCCAAUAAUGGAUUCAGGCAGGGAAAUGGACGGAAUUUCCAAAAUCAACAUUACCGUCAACCACCGCCACAACAACAGCCAUUUCCGCGCCCUUCCCCACAAUAUCGAUACCAGCAACCGACUCCUCCACCAUAUUAUCGCCAGCAGCAUCAGAAUCGUCCAAUGCAUUAUAGGCAGUCGAUUCCUCCACCAUUUUAUGGUCAACAGCAGCCAAAUGGGCCACAUCAUUAUAGCCAACAGCAGCCGAUUCCUCCACCACAUUAUGGUCAACAGAAGCCGAAUAGGCCAUUGCAUUAUCGCCCACAGCGGCCAUUUACUCCUCCUGGUACCAAACAAUGGGACUACAGGAAGUGGGAGUUAGCGGUGUCACAGCCACCACCUCAAUGUGAACGAUUUGUAGUGCUUUCAUACAAUAUACUAGCAAACUACUUGGCUUUAGACCAUAGAAGAGAGCUUUAUUUUCACAUACCAUUCUAUGUAUUGGACUGGGAGCGGCGAAAGAGAAAUAUACUUUUUGAGCUCGGAUUAUGGUCGGCUGACAUUAUGUGUCUCCAGGAGGUCGAUAGGUUCCAGGACUUAGAGAACGAGCUAAAGGUCCAUGGGUAUGAAGGAAUCUGGAAGAUGCGUACAGGACAAGCAAUUGAUGGAUGUGCAAUUUUUUGGCGCACAACAAGAUUCAAAUUGCGACAUGAAGAAUCCAUAGAGUUCAGAAACCUCGGACUUCGUGAUAAUGUUGCACAAGUUUGUGUUCUCGAGUCAAGGAACCAAAACUCCACUGACAAGGUGUCUGUGGAUUCUCCUACAAGUACAAGUGAUGCUAAUUUAGUCGUCGUAUGUAAUAUUCAUGUGUUGUUCAACCCUAAAAGAGGAGAAAUCAAGCUGGGACAGGUCAGAGUGCUCUUAGAAAGGGCUCAUGCUGUUUCAAAACUCUGGAGGGAUGCUCCGGUGGUUCUCUGUGGGGAUUUCAACUGUACCCCAAAGAGUCCACUGUACAACUUAAUACUAGACCAGAAGUUAAAUUUGGAUGGGAUUGCUAGAAAUCAGGUAUCUGGACAAACUACUGCAGAAAUAUCUGGACCAAACCGAAAUUACCCUAACUCAGGAAACGGGUUGGCUAGGGCUCAGUCUCAUGAUGGUACAGUCAGCACUUCUAUGUUGGCUAAGGAGAAGGUCGAUAUGAAACAUGCUAAUGAACUACCAAACAUGGAUGACCAGAACAAGCCGUGCGACGAAGUGGAUAAUUCUUUUUUGGCGAAAAACUCAGCAAAGCCUCGGAGUCCUGGUGAGAUGGUAAUUGUGCCCAUGGAAUCUGGAUCUGAUGUGCAACACAGAAAUGAAAACAUCAGGACUUGCGAUGUAUUAGGAAUUGAGGAAGAAGUACUAGAUAAUUCUAAGGAUCAGUUUAUCUCAGCUCAUAGUGUUUCACUUGAACAGAUGAAGGAAAGUCCAAUUGGUAAUCCCGAGGAAGGUGUGCCACAUGUUGAUCUCGAAAAGGAUGUGGUUCAAGAGUUAUCCUCGCUUAUACCUUCUUAUAACGAUGAUGAUGUUUGUCUGGAGAUCGUAUCUGAAAAUGUGAAAACGCCAUGCCGUACUCAGGGGGCCUCAUAUAAAUGUUCUCAGCCAAGCUUAUCUUCAAGUAAUCCAGUGAUUGAAACUACACAGCAAAAUUCUGUUUGCAGUGAUAUGGACAAGAGAGCUCUCGAAACAGUAGAAGGGAUUAAUCCCUCAACUUCGUCUGAAGGUACAUAUCAUGUCAAGAUCUCUGCUGCAUCUACUAGUAUUGACCUAAGCGUGGAUCAAAAGUCAGAUACCAUGUCAGUUAGCAAGUCUGGUGAAGAUAGAGAGGAAGUAAAUCAAGAGCAUGGAACUACAUUUUCAUCUGAAAGAUGCAACACUGAUGCCACUAUGUUGGAUGUUGAUGCCUGUGAUAGUGAACUCUUAAGGCACGAGUCUGCAGAAACAGAUCAAUCCUCUGAAAAAAUUUCAGAGACCGCACACAUUUCUGAUCUGACACCACCAUGUUCUGAUGUCCCAAUUGAUUUCUCUACAUCUACUAGUUCCGAGCCUGCAACCGCAAGGAGGUACACUUAUGAUCCAUCUUCGUGGACUCCGAUGGAUAUAGAAACAGCAACAGGAAAUGCAGAGUGCACCCUUUUAGAAAGUCCUCUUAAGUUGAAAAGCUCGUAUGCAGAAGUUGAGGAUUAUUCUGGGACUAGAGAUUCAGUGAGCAAGGAACCUCAAGUGACCAGUUACCACAGACGAUUUGCAGGGACUGUUGACUACAUCUGGCAUUCAGAAGAUCUACAGACAGUCAAGGUUCUCGAUACGAUACCUAAGCAGGCUCUUCAAAACUGGAGUCUUGGAUUCCCAACAAAGAAAUGGGGCAGUGAUCAUCUCGCAUUGGCUUCUCAAUUUGCAUUCAAGAAAGACACAUGAUAUUUGAUGUGUUCCCUGGUUGUAAGUAGGGGGUUAGUUGUUAAACAGACACCAGAUUCACUCUCUGUAUAUACAAAUGCUUCUGGUUUAGUUGAUUCGAAGUAAAUCAACUAGUUCGUAUAACUUUAGCCAUGUUAACAGUUACAUCAGAGUUUUCCAUUAUGAAUUGGAAAUUCAGUGAGAUUAAAAUUGAAUUCAUGUGAUUCUGUCCUGUUAGCUGAUUGGACUGAUCAGCUUAUUUGCUCUCUGUAUAUGUCCUUUUAAGCGAUGAAUCCCAGUCCUUGGAAGAGUGUUAAUCUAACAUUCUCGGUUAAUCUUAGUUCUCAA